CAAGUCUCAGACGUUGCUUCCCUGGAGCCCUGAGCCCCAGCGCGCACUUUGCAGGAUCUCGGGUCACGAACGUGGACAAAAUCCAGGCCAGACUCUGGACUUGAGGGUUCUGGGCUGUGGUCUGUAGUAGCCAAGGAGAGAAGGAUUCAAAUCCAGGCCAACUGUAUGGCUGUCUGAGGUGUUGGAACAGAAGGAGGUCCAUUCCUAUUGUUGACAACAGUGUGGUCCUGUUCUGAGAUGACCAAGGUAUAAAGGAGCUGUGCAAUUAGUUGAAAAUGUCUGACAGUCUGGAUAAUGAAGAGAAGCCCCCAGCUCCCCCACUGAGGAUGAAUAGUAACAACCGGGAUUCUUCAGCCCUCAACCACAGCUCCAAACCACUUCCCAUGGCCCCUGAAGAGAAGAAUAAGAAAGCCAGGCUUCGCUCUAUCUUCCCAGGCGGAGGGGAUAAAACCAAUAAGAAGAAAGAGAAAGAACGCCCAGAGAUUUCUCUUCCUUCAGACUUUGAACAUACGAUUCAUGUGGGAUUUGAUGCAGUUACCGGGGAAUUCACUAACUCCCCCUUCCAGACUUCUAGACCUGUGACGGUUGCUUCAAGUCAAUCAGAGGGAAAAAUGCCAGAUCUCUAUGGCUCACAGAUGUGCCCAGGGAAGCUCCCAGAGGGAAUUCCUGAGCAAUGGGCACGAUUACUCCAAACCUCUAACAUAACAAAACUUGAACAAAAGAAGAACCCACAAGCUGUUCUAGAUGUUCUCAAAUUCUAUGAUUCCAAAGAAACAGUCAACAACCAGAAAUACAUGAGUUUUACAUCAGGAGAUAAAAGUGCACAUGGAUACAUAGCAGCCCAUCCUUCGAGUACAAAAACAGCCUCAGAGCCUCCUUUAGCUCCUCCUGUGUCUGAAGAAGAAGAUGAAGAAGAGGAAGAAGAAGAUGACAAUGAGCCCCCACCAGUUAUUGCACCAAGACCAGAGCAUACAAAAUCAAUCUACACCCGUUCUGUGGUUGAAUCUAUUGCUUCACCAGCAGCACCAAAUAAAGAGGUCACACCGCCUUCUGCUGAGAACGCCAAUUCCAAUACUUUGUAUAGAAACACAGAUCGGCAAAGGAAAAAAUCCAAGAUGACAGAUGAGGAGAUCCUAGAGAAGCUAAGAAGCAUUGUGAGUGUUGGUGACCCAAAGAAAAAAUACACAAGAUUUGAAAAAAUUGGUCAAGGGGCAUCAGGUACUGUUUAUACAGCACUAGACAUUGCAACAGGACAAGAGGUGGCCAUAAAGCAGAUGAACCUUCAACAGCAGCCGAAAAAGGAAUUAAUUAUUAAUGAAAUUCUGGUCAUGAGGGAAAAUAAGAACCCCAAUAUUGUUAACUAUUUAGACAGCUAUUUAGUGGGUGAUGAACUAUGGGUAGUCAUGGAAUACUUGGCUGGUGGCUCUUUGACUGAUGUGGUCACAGAGACCUGUAUGGAUGAAGGACAGAUAGCAGCUGUAUGCAGAGAGUGUCUCCAAGCUUUGGAUUUCUUACACUCAAACCAAGUGAUCCAUAGAGACAUAAAGAGUGACAAUAUUCUCCUUGGGAUGGAUGGCUCUGUGAAAUUGACUGAUUUUGGGUUCUGCGCCCAGAUCACCCCUGAGCAAAGUAAACGAAGCACUAUGGUGGGAACUCCCUAUUGGAUGGCACCUGAGGUGGUGACUCGGAAAGCUUAUGGUCCAAAAGUUGAUAUCUGGUCUCUGGGGAUUAUGGCAAUUGAAAUGGUGGAAGGUGAACCCCCUUACCUUAAUGAAAAUCCACUCAGGGCAUUAUAUCUGAUAGCUACUAAUGGAACCCCAGAACUACAGAAUCCUGAGAGACUGUCAGCUGUAUUCCGUGACUUUUUAAAUCGCUGUCUUGAGAUGGAUGUGGAUAGGCGAGGAUCUGCCAAGGAGCUUUUGCAGCAUCCAUUUUUAAAGUUAGCCAAGCCUCUCUCCAGCCUGACUCCUCUGAUUAUUGCUGCAAAAGAAGCAAUUAAGAACAGCAGCCGCUAGGACUGCAAGCCUUACCCCACACCAUCUCCCUCAUGAGUAAGACUGAAAUAAAACUCUGCUGCAGGAAAGAUGGAAGAAAAGACAGUCAAAUGGGGUGGGGGUUCUUUAACUUUCAAAUGAAUAGAAACUUCUUAUAAGCCUUUUUCCUACUCCCUUAGAUUAUGUAAUUUAUUUGUAAGCCUGAAUCGCAGCUCAAACAGGGCAGCAAUGUCGAAGUGGCCAUAAAGUGGUCACUUCCACUGUGAAGCGAAAGAGCCAGUAGUGAAUCCCCUCAUUUUGUGCAUCCACUUUGAAGAAAAAGGUUUCUCAAAGGUGCACACUUCCUCUUCAUAGUGUUGUGUUUGUUUUUAAGUUAGAGAGUAGUCCCUCUUACAUUCGACCCUCCUUCAAAACUCCUUACCCAAUGUGAUGUUUUUCACUUGCAUUGUCAUUAGAUGUCCAGUAAAAAUAUGUCAAAACAUUUUUAAGAAAAGGAAAGCAAAAAAAUAACAAAAAACAAAAACAAAAACAAAAAAACAAAUAACACUACCACCAACAAAAAAAGCAGAGCAAGUACUGGGUGAACGUGUGGAAAUCCAUGCCCUAAUAGAGUUGCAAUUUUUUAUUCUUCUUCUAUAGUGGUGGCUUGGUUUGUGUACCUGUUUUUCUGCAUUUGCAUUGGAAAAAACUUCUUUUAAGACAUUUUCCAAAAGCAGAGAAGAAUAUGUGUGUGUUCAGGAAAGGCUUUUAAAAAUGUGUAUUUAAAUAAAUCUCAAAUGGUGAAAUCUUGUCACAUUUUCAUGGUGAUGCUUAAGAAGUAGUUGAUUUGUCAUUUAUGUAAAUCAGCUUGUUCAUCUUUAUGAUACCUGAAGAAGGACACACCAAAACUGUGACACUCAUGUUCUCAUGUUGGUUGAGUCCCGGUCCUAUAUCUAGGCAAUCCUGAUAGGAGAAACCAUACUUAAACAAAGAUGUGACUUUCUCUGAGAGCCAAAAGGAAAACAAGAUAAGUGUGCAGUACUGAAAUCCUUGUUGGACAUUAAGUAAACAAAGAUAAAAAAUACCUAAUUCAAUCCUCUCUUAUGCUUGUGGAAUAUAUGCACUGUAAAAUAGGCACAUCAGGAGGAAUGUGCCAUUAACCAACAUUUGCUUAUGAUAAAAAUUAUUUAUUUUUACAAUUGAUAGCAUUUAAAAAAAUUUUUAAAGAUCUGGAGAACAAAGAUGUUGUAAGCAUUGAACUCUGGGAGAAAUGGGAGGCAAUGAAAACUACAUCCCAAUCAACAUUUGGCUCUAAGUACUUGUUCCCAUUUUCCCUAUUUAUCACUUCAGGAUGUAGCAUGUUCAUACUUAGUCCUUUAGGCUUUUGAAUGUCAGAAACAUGUUGAUAAAGAUCUGGAAGUUCUCCAGUGAAAAUAAUUAGGGUUUGCAAUCAUCUGUCACAAGAAAUGUAAGUCCAACUGAAUUCCUUUUGUGGCUUGGAGGAAAUAUGAAAAUUUGAUUUAUUUCACCAUAAACAAUCUAUUUAUUAAAAAUUCAACAGCUGGCACUUCCUGAAUCUUCUAAGAGUAGAAGAAUGUCUGGAGGGUGUCUGCAUAGAAAAGAAUAUACUUCUCUUUCUAAUGUAUUAUCAAAUUUUAUAAAUUCUACGAAGUUGUUUCUCUAAGCCUUUGAAAAGCUAACAAUUUGUGUUGUAGAAGGCUUCUUGAUUUGUAGUAUAUCAAGAGUCUGAAUAGAACCUAUCUACAUUCAGCAAGAGGGAGAAAGAGAUAAAUGCUUUGGGCCUCUCUCCUUCUGUGCUGAGAUACAUCCACCCAACCAUCCAGCUAUUCCUUAAAAUAAAAGCACUUUCACUGGAUAGUUUCUGCUAACUAUAUAGUGUACAUGUUUAUGUUUAGGAGAUUACACCACUGGUGGAUUUCCUAUUUUCCUAUUGUUUUCUCCAACUGUGAAAUUUGGGCAGGGCUUGAAUCUUCCCAGAAAUGUCCACAGUGGGAGAAAAAAAGAAAUGUGAAAAGAAAGUCAAAUGGUAAUAUUAAUAUGAAGCAUACCACAUUAUACUUUGCAAAAAGGUGUCUGGGCCUGAAUUUUUUAAUGCCACACUGUUCUAAUGAGAGAAGGGGGGGGGUAAAUUUUUAUGUAAUUUAAAAUUAAGAGUUUUUUCUAAUUAAUUGUCCCAUGAAUUCAAUAAAAUAAUAUCUGUGAUGAAAAUAGAAUUCAGAUAACUAGGCCCUGCCAGUGGAGAGAGCCCCAAACCUGGUUGGGAAGUCCUAGCUGUCAGUUAGUAUCCUUUAUAUGUCAUAAAGGCCUUUUUUUGGUGUGGGAGACCUGGAGCAGUGAUCCUUCAGAUCGCUGGAGGCAGAGGAAUGACUGCUCUUUUAUGCUUUCAAUUCAGCAUAUAGACCAUGAGGAGCCAGGUACUUCUUUAUCACAUCCCACUGUACCAAGAUUUUAUGAUAAUAUAUACCAAUAGGCUUCACUCAUACAAAUUUAUAUCUAUGUAAAUUUUAAAAUUAGAACAGUUUCUAAAGACUCUUCCCUGUGUUGGAAAGUUAUGUUUAUUUCUAAUAAGUAUUAGAGAGAAGCUGUUUCUCCUGCCAAAAUGAUGCUGAAGGAUUCACAUUUGGUACACUUGAACAACUUGGACUCCAGAUGGUUAAUUAUUUAUUCCCUUUCCUGGAUUUUUUUAAAGCUCAUCUUGACACAGGUGAGUCUAUCCAGAUCUCUGAAGUAGCGAGUGUGCCCUCAGAUAAUGAAGGCACAUCAUCGAAUGUUGAUUCCAAAUUGUCCUGAGAUAGGGAAAGUCAGGGAAGGGUGAGAAGCACAGUAGAGAUUAUUUAUUUAAGAAAGAAAAGAACAUUAAUAUUGUAACCAGGAUCCAGUGCGUUGUCAUAAUCCCAUGAAGAUUUUUGAAUGGCACAAUCUCCUCAAAUCAGUCACCAUGUUGGGUAAUGACUUCGUUCUUGCUGAUCUCAUCUAUGUGUCAUUGUAAAUAUUUGUGUGUCCGUGUUCCAUUUUGGCUACUGGAUGGCCACGUCAUGGAAGAAGAUUUAACUCAAGUAUUUAUUCUUUAAUUGUGUUAUUCAGAUUUCUUUCAGGCUUGUGAAUUGCACUCCAUUGUUUGAGUUUAACCGCGUGAUCCCCACAUAUAUCCCUCCCCUGUGAAGCACAUUCCAUUGCUAAAAGAAAAAGAAAUAUGAAUUUCCUUCCUGUCGUCUGUAUAACUCUUUUGAUAGUUUGAAAUCUUUGUCUGCAAAGGAUAUUUCUCAGCUCAAAUGUCAUGUAAAUAAUUAUAUUCCUUUGUUAAAUGGGUUGUUAAUUUCUAAUGAGGCUGCCAGUUCUCAGAGAGACUCUACAAAAUCACUUUUAAAUAACAUAAAUAGGGAUUACAACUAUGUAGAAAUAAGUGUGCAUACAGACCAAGACUGGGAACACAGAUAAUUGAAAUUAAUUAUGUUAGGGUGGUGGGAUUAUGCAUUUUCUUUUUAAAACUCAUUUGAUAUUGUUAUAAUAUUGCUUUAUAAUAAAUGUCAGAAAGUGGACUAUAGAAAAAUAGAAAAGAUGCCAGAAGCAGAUGCUUUCUGGCCAGAGCCCAGAGCAUGCAGGGCACAGAUAUCUGCUAGCUACAAUUAUUCCAUAGGCUUUAUAUUUGCCUGGGUGCUGAGGUUGGCACACGCUAGGGUAUGGCACGUGCUUUCUUAGGGGACUAUUAUCUAUAAGUUAAAGCUAGGGAAAUGUUGCUAUUAGAACUCUGAACACAUCCUUCUGCUUUAAAACUGGCUGCCCUCUGCUUUACUAUGGCAUCAACAUUUCAAUUUUGGUUAGUUUAGAGAGGUGACAUUUGAUUAGCUCUCUUAAUAAUAUUUGUUUCAGGUACCACCUUUCUAGAUUAUUUUAGCAGAGUUUCAGCGUGAAUUUUGGAAGAAUAGAAGGAUAAAAUUUCCAGCUCCCACCAUUCUUGACAGGAUAUUAUAUCAUUCAGGUAAGAUUCCUCUUCUAGUGACCAGUAGGCAAGUCCCAUUCAUUUCAACAGAAGUUAUUAUGACUUGCAAUUAAAAACUGACUAUGAAAACAUCAAGACAAAUAUUUAAAACUGCCUUUGCCUGUUGGCAUUCGGUCCCAGGCCUGUUAGCUUUGAGUUGAGAUAGCCUCCAUGUACUCUGUACUGCCUGAGUAUAGGUUGUAUGCAGUAGUUGUCAUUGUUAAAGAGAAAAGGGGGACUACCUACUAGAAGAGAGAAAUUUCCUUCUAACUCACCAAAUAAAUUUUAGGUGAGGACUUCUAUAAUGAGGUAGUGGCCUCAGAUAUUACUCAAUUUCACCAAGUGCAGACCUUGUACCUAAGAACCCACAGGCUUUCAUUGACCAUUCUCAACAUAAAAAUAUUUCUGAGAGUGUUAACCCUGCCAUCUCCUGUUGAAUCUCAUGGUCCUUUUCUGAGCUACUUGUAGUUAAUAUUCAGUUAAAGAAAGGCAUGGCCAGUGAUGUAAGCUUCUUCUAGUCUCUGAGCAAAGGGGCUGAAUUUCAGCAUUUGUAAAUUGACAGUCUAAUAGGUCUGGGAUUUUGAGUGAAAUUACAGUUCUGAACAUAUAUUAGCAUGUGGAUUGGGAAGAAAAUAAAUGGGACCUUGGAAAUAAUGGAAAUAUUUUUCAUAAGAAAGAUUUUUUUCAUAAGAGAUUUGUUUCUGGUAUAAUUUUUUUGUUGUUAGUGAGCUUUAUUUUUUUCAUUCCUUUUCUAAUCCCAUACUCCUUUAGUAACCAAAUGAAUAUAACCCAACUCCUCAUGCUUUGGGAAUGUCUAUUUAAUAUUAACUGAAUAUUAACUGAAUCUGAAAAUGUGGGAACUGAGAUAUCACCUCCACAUGCACACUUAUGUGUACAAGUAUACUAUAAUAUUUACUGCCAUGUAAGAUAGUCGAACUUACAAGAUAAGCUUAUAGAAGAAGCUGGUUAGUGCCAUCAGAGUCUACUUUGGAAGCUGCCAUCUGGUGAAUGCUAUCUCAUAAUGCCAACAGUAAGGCAGGUACCGUGUUCACCUGAUUCAGUACCUAAAAGGAAAUCAACAGCAAUUUUGAGAAUCAGAUGUACUGAAAGGAGAUUUAGCCUAGGAGUAAGGAGACCUGGAUUCUCAUAUAGGCUCUAUUACUAACUUACUGUGUGACCUUAGGCAAGUCAUUUAAUCUUUUUCUCUCAUCUGUAAAAUAAGAGUAUUGGACUAGAUGAUCUCCAUGGUCUUUCCAAAAGCUCUAGCAUUCUGUAGUAUUAUAGGUUGGCUUGCAAAUUCAACCUGCUAAAGUGAUGGCAAAUAUCACAGCUUAAGCCUGGGUCUCUUAUGUUUCAGUUAAACAAUAGCACUAUGUAAUGUGAUGAAAAAACAAAACAAAACUCAAGUACAUGAGGUUAAUAAUACUAAGGAAUUUUGAUAAAACUUGUGGCAGCCUUCUAAUCCCUUCUCAGUUGUUUUGUUUUUUGUGUUUUAACGUCCUUUUUUCUGUCAAGUGUUCCCAGUUUUCAUUUUCUAUACACUCUGUGAAGUCUGGUUUUCAUUAAGCCAGUAUUUGCUACUAGAACAGAAAUACACUGUCACACUUGCUAGAAUAGAAAUGAGCCUCUCCUUUCCUAUAAAGCAGUCCUGGGCUUUAUAGAAUUUAAUUUGUAAAUGGCACAAGAUGGCAGAUCCCAUGUAUUUUAAUGGCUGGGACUGCUAAGAGUGGACCUAAGCACUUGAAUGUUGUAGAAAGAGAAAUAAAAAAGUAAUUACAUGCUAUUAGCAUUAAGGAAUAUUGACAAAUCCAUUUGUUGGGAACCAAAGAUAGCGUUUCUGAUGACAACUCCCACAGUGAUUGGCCAGUUAUAUGAACAUGCUGCUGGAAAGAAGGUAAACUGGAAGUUAGUUAAUGGAUGGUCCCAAUGCCCCGCCUACAGCAGAGUGCCAAUCAGCCCUGAGUGCAAAAUUCAAGUUCAAUGUGUGUGCUGUGUGUGGUAUGCUUUAUGGACCACAUAUAUUAUAUUCAUUAGUGAUAAGACCUUCCACAGAAUCCUAUAGCCAUUAGUGGGUUGAGUUUUAAAUCUCAGUACAUCAGUAAGAAGGAGCCAGAUCACAGAGUACUGAUGUCUACUGGGAUGAUACUCAUAAUAUUCAUACAAAGCAAGUUAAGGAGGAUCUACAUUUUCAUUGUUUAUCAGAAUUGUAUCUCAUUUGGCUGUGCAUUACUUUUGUUAAAAUGUGUUAUCUGUAAACCCAUGUGUAGUGAAAUUCUUCUGUAACUUUGGAUUACAGGUAUUUAUGGUCUUUUUGUUUGUUUGAUUUUUAAGUAAGUUAUUUCUUUUGUAGACCACAGCAUUCAAUCUUUUAAAGGGAUUUUGUUUCUGAUACUGUUAUUUAAAUUGUGGUUGAAGCAAUAGAAAAUUGAAAUAUGGAUUGUGCAUGACUGUGUCUUGAGUGUAAAAAUAUUGCAGUUUGAAACUUGGACCUAAAGUAUUGCAAAUAAAAAUGACAAACAUCAA